AUGGACCCGGCGAUACAGAAGGUGGAAGCUCUGGAUGCCGGCCAUUUUGUCCGCGUGGAGUGGGAGGACGGGAGCGAGAGCCGCUACCCCUGCGUCUGGCUGAGGGACAACUGCCAGUGUCCCCAGUGCUUCCUGCGCUCGGCCAGGGCACGCAGGCUGCUCGUCGAGGACCUGGACGUGAACGUCGUCGUGAAGGAAGUCGCUCUGGCAGAUAGAAAAAAGAUCUCCAUUACAUGGCCUGAUGAACACGCAAGCGAAUACGAAGCUGAGUGGUUGAAAAAACGGUGCUUCUCUGAAGAAGCCAGAGCAGAAAUGCAAGAAGAUUUAUUCUUACCAGAACUCCAGUACUGGGACUCAGACCUGCAACUUCCCAAAAUACCUUUUGAAGAAAUCAUGUACAAUGAUGAAAGUGCAUACAAGUGGCUGCGCACCCUAAAGAAAGUGGGAAUUGUGCUACUAACGGGAGCUGCUACUAGGCAGGGAGAGUUGGUUAAACUUGGCCACAGGAUUGGGUUCCUGCGUCUCACUUUUUAUGGACCAACUUGGCAAGUGCAAGACAAAGCAGAUGCUAACAACGUGGCUUAUACAACCGGGAAACUAUGUUUUCACACCGAUUAUCCUGUUCUGCAGCAUCCACCUGGGGUUCAGUUUCUCCACUGUAUAAAGCAAGCACCUGCAGGAGGUGAAAGUGAAGUUGUAGAUGGAUUUCACGUAUCCAACAAGCUGAAGAAACAAAACCCUCAGGCGUACCAGAUCCUGUCGUCUACCACUGUAGACUAUACAGAUGUUGGGGUUGACUACUGUGAUUUUGCUGUGCAAUGUAAACAAAGGAUUAUAGAUGUGGAUUCCAGAGGCCAAGCAGUUCGCAUCAAUUAUAAUAAUGCAACAAGAGACACAGUGUUUGACAUACCAGCUGAAAAAGUGAGGCCAUUUUAUGCAGCUCUAAAGGAAUUUGAUAAUUUAUUGAACAGUGCUGAAAAUAAGUUUACUUACAAGCUGAAACCAGGAGACAUAGUGACGUUUGAUAACUGGCGCGUGCUUCACGGUCGCCAAAGCUACCCGUCGGGAUCAGAAGUGACUCGUCACCUGGAGGGUGCCUAUGCAGACUGGGAUGUGGUCAUGUCAAGGCUCCGGCUCCUCAGGAAGAGGGUCCUCAACAGGGACUGAGCUUUCUUCUAACUAGAAUGAGCAAAACCUAGAUUGUCUA